AUGGGACCCCCGCCUCCGCCUCCACCACCCCCUCUACUCCCAUCCGGAGAGAUCGUACCAUCUCGCAAAUGGAAGACAGAGAAUGCACCACGACGUAACAACAAUCCCCCACCUGCGCCGCCCAAGCCCACCCGUCCCACAGUGGACGCUCAGGCACUACAGCACGCUGCCGCUCGUCUGCGCAAGACCGGCUACAACGAACCGAUUCGAAGUGACAUCGAGAAUCUAUCCGAUGGACGAGUGGACCGAUCGGAUCAACGAGUGCCUGACGGAGAUCGGACGUACCGCGCGCAGCUCCAACAAUUGGCUGAGCCGAAAACCAGAGCAGAGAUUCCUGCUCCGCCCACUUAUUCCAACCAAUCUCGUCCGCUCAGCGACUUUCAUCGAGACCCCGUGGCGUUAAGCCAAUUUCAAACAUCUCGAGAGGCUCUUCUCGCACCAAACUCUUCUCCAACUUCUCAUUAUAGUCCCAUCAAUAAAUUCUCAUCAUCCACAUUAACUCAAUAUGCAAACAAGUCUCCAUCUCCACCAUCAUCAGUUCUUGAUGAUGUUACUUAUGUCUCUCCGUAUUCUUCUAAACACUCAUAUCCUACAAACUUCCGAAGCUAUCACAAAGACGACGACUACUUUACAAACAACACGGCAACCACGGCUACAUCAACGGGAAUGAACCACUUCAAUGAUAAUAACAAUUCGAAUAAAUAUGGAAACAAAGAAACCGUACUACAAUGGUCAGAACCUUACGAACCCAGCAAAUUCCGCCGCUCCCAAUCCCCAAUCCGCAAUGCUCGUGAAAUGAUCCAUGAAUAUUCCACAACGAACUAUGUCACUGAAGUUGAGCAACCACCUCCACCACCACCAAUCGACUUCUAUCAACAGAAGGCUCAAGCCAGAAACUUUGUUCAAAACUCCCUGGCUCGUCAACUCCGUGACGAAGGACUGACCGAGUCGCAAAAAGCGGCGAAUCGCAAUCAGACAAGUGCUCUGAGCGCUUCUUCAUCAUCUACACUUCCAUUUGAUGUGUCGCGUAUUGUCAAGGACUCGUACAACGGUGAUGAGGUGGAUCAUCUGGUACACCAGAUGAGAACAAAGCUCAAUCAGGACAUAUUAUCUUCAUCGUCUUCCCCAAGCCUCGUACAGUAUCCACGCCGCCAGAAUCCAUCCGACGACCUUCGAUCGUCCGUGGCCAAUUAUUCAACAACGACAACUGCCUCAACCACAUCAACUCGCAAAAUCAUGAAUAUCAAUAUUUGCGUUGGUUGCGGUAAAGAGAUCACUGGUGAUCAGCCAGGAUGCAAUGCCAUGAAUCAGAUCUUCCACGUGGAUUGCUUCAAAUGUGGUCAGUGCUCGAAGACUCUUGCAGGAGCAUCAUUCUACAAUAUCGACGAUAAGCCAACGUGCGAAUCUUGCUAUCAGAACUCGUUGGAAAAGUGUACUGCGUGCAGCCGACCGAUCAGUGACAAACUUUUGAGAGCAUGUGGAGGAGUGUACCAUGUCAACUGUUUUGUGUGCUACUCGUGCAAAAAAUCCCUUGAUGGAAUUCCAUUCACUCUUGAUAAGGAUAACAAUGUGCACUGUGUGCCAUGCUUCCAUGACAAAUUCGCGCCUCGCUGUGCCAUGUGUAGUAAACCAAUCGUGCCACAGGAUGGUGAGAAAGAAUCGGUUCGUGUCGUAGCCAUGGAUAAAUCCUUCCACGUCGACUGCUACAAAUGUGAGGAUUGUGGAAUGCAAUUGUCAUCAAAGCUGGAAGGACAAGGAUGCUAUCCUAUUGAUAACCAUCUUCUCUGCAAGACCUGUAAUGGAAAUCGUCUCCGCGUCGUCAACUCUGCGUAG